CGAUGAUUUUUAGAAAGGUCAAACGGCGUCGUUUGAAGCGCCAACCCCUCCUUAAUACCCGACCAGGCUUCGGAAACGAUACGCCUUCAUCAAUCGAAGCUCUUCUGCUCUUCGUUCUACAUUGCUUAACGUCGUCGGAUACCUUCAAGAACUACCACACAUCUCUUUGCCAUGGAGAACACCGGAGCAAGUAGCGGGUUCCAGUACAAGAGAAGAAGAAUUCUAACCCAAACACAAAGGGAGGAGAUGGAGAAUGAAAACCAGAUUUCUGCUGAGGUAACUCCAUCUGUGGAUGGUCAAUCGUUCCUGGAUGCUGCGGAAAUUGAGGUUCCAGCGUUGGAUUGCACCAUUGAUAUUGAUAAAAUACCUGGAAUGAAGUUAACCCUGAAAUCUUCUUUGGGGGAGUUCCAGAAUCUGAUGGAAGAAGGACUUGGAGAUCAUCCAGAAGUUCUUGAUUUGUUUAGGACUUCCACCCCUUUUUCUCAUUUUUUGGAUGUUGAGUGUAUUCCUCCUCCUCUGUUCCUAUGGCAACUCAUUGCGAGGGAAGCCAAUAUAAAGAGGAAAGGAGAGAUGUGGUUCGUUUUCAAAGGAGUUCCUGUCAGAACUGAUCUAUUCUUAUGUAAAAAUAUGAAGGUGAAUGUAACUGAAUCAGGAGAAGAACCAACCAAGAAUCCGCAGGAGGUUCCAGAGACGACAAUCAUGGGUGAUUGUGAGGAGACUGAGGCACGAAAUCCUUCCCCUGACCAUAAGGUUUCUCCAAAUUGUCCAAUACUUGGUAUUCUCCACAUUUUUGGGGAAAUUGAACAAGAGCACGAAAAUCAACUUUCAACUCUUUCUGAUUCUGUUCUUAGUUUGGAGAACAGGAAGGCUGAGUCUACCCACCAGACAAUGGGAACAGAAGAUGCUACCUCAAUGAAGCCUCUGCAUGAAAUGGUUGAGCCUAGCAAUGAGAUCAUGGAAACAGACGCUGCUGCUGCUUCUAUGAAACCUCUGAAGCCUCUGCAUGAAAUGGUUGAGCCUAGCCAUGAGGUCAUGGAAACAGACGAUGCUGCUUCUAUGAAAACUCAGCAGGACAAGGUUGUUUCUCCCCCGAAGGAAUUGGGAGAAGAGGCUGAAAUUACUGAUGGAAUUGUGUAUGGAAAGAGAGUGAAAAAGAAGUCAGCCAGUUUGAAGUCUCCUUAUACAGCGGACGGGAGGAAGAAAAAGAAAGCCGAUGAGCUCUUAUCUAAGCCGCCAACUAAAGCAGAUCUUUUGGAAUUUAAGAGAUUCAUCGUAAAAGCAAUUAAAGAUGACCGCCCUGUACAAUGCUACCUCGCCCAACACAAGGAGAUUCAGGAUUUUGUGAAAACGUUCUGGACUGACCUUAUCACUCCAGAUUUUUUUGUAGCAGAUACUCAUCUGAGUGAGUACCUUUACGUCCUGAGAAGACGUUUAUGCAAUGACGAUGGAGACUCAUGCAUUGCGCCUCUUGAAUUCAACAAUUACGUGAACUCUUAUGCGACUGACCCAGAGUGGCCUGUUUUGUCUGGACCCCUUGAAAAGAUUGUGGAUGGUACAUACAGCGAGGGGCCGGAAGCAUUUAAAACCAAAGCCUGGAAUAAGAACACUAAGUACGUAUAUUAUUUGAAAGGCACAGAGUCACAUUGGUUCUGUAUCAAGGCUGACUUUGAGAGGUGCCGCCUCGUCGUGCUUGACUCCCUUAGGAGGAUAAUUUCAAUUGAGAGGAUGGCUGGUUUGCUGAAGGAUGAUCUUAUGGGGUUUAAAGGCAUUGCUGGAAUUAGAGAAAUCGGCAAGCACGGAUAUGCCGCUUGGGAAUUUGAAUACUGCACAGUACCCCAACAGAUUGAUUGUGACUGCGGCAUCUUCGCGAUCAUUCAUUCUCGCUAUCAUCCACUGGAGGAGAGAUUCGAUAUAUAUACUCGGAUUGGGAGCUAUCCAGUCCGAGUUGUUCUUGGAGAGGACGGCAAGCAUCGAUUCGCUGCCGAGAAUGGAUGGAGAUACUUUCUCAAUGACCACCACUGCCAAAAUCUUUGGCAUAUUCUGUUCAAAAAAUUAUCAGAGACAGCAUACCAAGCCAUUGUGAUUUCGACCCUUGGUUCAGAAAUUGACUACCCAAUACGAAUUCCUGAUUAUGAUUCUGAUGCAGAUGAUGUUACAGAUGAUGAUGAUGACGUCUUUGUUUGCAAGUUGGAAGAAUCGCACUUUCGGGAGUCAUCCGAGAAUCUGCCCUUAAGUGACGAAUUUUGCGAAGCAAAUGGCUUUGUAGAGGGAAAAACAGAUGUCACUCUCAUAGGACCCAACAUGCAGCCCGUGGUCUGCACACUCGAGAUUGAUUGUAUUGGUGAUGGGUUCCUGAAGAGAAUGUGGCGUUACUUUGUUGAAUCGAAUGGUUUGCGUAUUGGGGACAAGCUUGUGAUGAGGCCGGUGGGGAACAACACCUUUAUGGUGGGAGUUUACCGUCAUCACAGACGGUAAACAAAAAAGUAAUUGAUUGUUGUUUAAUGAACAUUAUCAUUAUCU